AUGUGGGGCCCCAGCAGGUUCCAGGUCCCGUUCCGCGCCAUCUUCCGGCAGUUGCUGCACACAUGCAUACAGAGGAAACGCCGACAGGGGAUUGGGCGGAAAGCUUUACCCGUGGAGCAUUCCCGCGUCUGUGGGGACGCCAAGGAGGUCCCGUUGGUGGUUCAAGCAGAUGUGGAUGCGACAGUUGCCGCUGAUCCGAGACCUGGGAAAAGCCAUGCGGUGUCCAUCUUGAGGUUUACAAGGCCAGACCCCAGGGUUUGCCGAUUCGAGGAUGAAGAGCCAUGCGCACCAUCGCCAUUGAAGAAGCCGGUGCUCAACCCCGCCGGCCUCUCAUGGAUCGCCGAGUCCGCAGCCCUCUUCAACCCCAGCCAAGCCACCACCACCACCACCACCACCACCACCUCUCCCACCUCCACCCCCCAACCCAGCCAAAAGCUCAACCAACUCCUCCUCGACAUCCACAACGAGCGCCUCAACCAAAUGGACGCCCACGGCGUCGAGUACAUGCUCCUCAGCCUGACCUCCCCCGGCGCACAAGGCGAAGCCGACCCCGCCAAGGCACGCACCCUCGCCGCCGAGGCCAACAACUGGCUGGCGGCGCAGGUGGCGCAGAACCCGGCGCGGUUUGGGGCCUUCGCGGCGGUGUCGAUGCACAGCGCUGAGGAUGCCGUUGCUGAGGCGACAAGGGCGGUUAAGGAGCUGGGCAUGUUUGGGGUCAUGGUGAAUGAUUAUCAGGUUGUGAAUGAGGGUGGGGAUGGGGAGGGGAAGCGGUACUAUGAUGAGGCGGCGUAUAGGCCGUUUUGGAAAGCGGUUGAGCAGUUGGGCGUGCCCGUGUAUUUCCAUCCGCGGUAUCCGCCGGCGAAGGACCUACUGCCGGGGACGAAGUAUGGGGAGAGGAAGCACAUUCUGGGUGCGGCGGUGCAGUUUCACUUGGAUUUGAGCAUGCAUUUGUAUGCGCUGUGCUCGAGUGGGGUGUUCGAUGAGUUUCCCAAACUGCAAGUCGUGGUUGGGCACCUGGGGGAGGGGAUCCCGUUCAACCUCGUGAGGGCAGAUCACUGGUUCAAUAAGCCCGUGAAGAAGGCCACGAGACCGUCCAAGGAAGACUACAGCUACUAUUUUACUCACAAUAUCUCCAUCACCACAUCCGGCAACUUCAACACGGCCGCCCUAAAGUUCUGUAUUGAUCAGAUUGGUGUCGAAAGGUGCCUCUACUCGAUAGGUAUGAGAACACCCUCCCAUGGUUCGAGGCCCAACCUGACUACCGUUAGAUUAUCCGUACGACACAAUUGCUGA